AUGGCGAUAAAUGGGAACAGAGUAUUCGUCCAAAAUGACCUUUGCAAGCAGGUAUCUGAAGUCAGAUCCUACGGAAGCCUUGGAGGGACACAACACUUAAAGGAACAGAGCAACACGUUUCAACCUGCUAAGGGUCUUUUUCAAGCUGUGCUUUUCCACAGAUACAGAGACCUUGCUCCACAACUUGUUCCUGAUGACUACACAAAUAAGCCAGAUGUAAGGAUCCCUUACGAACUCAUCGGCAGUAUGCCGGAACUUAAGGAUAAUCCUUUUCGCCAGAGAAUUGCCGAGGUUUUUUCAGAGGAUGGUGAAGGAAACAUGACUUUAGAUGACUUCUUAGAUAUGUUUUCAGUGCUCAGUGAAAUGGCACCUAGAGAUCUUAAAGCAUACUAUGCUUUUAAAAUAUAUGAUUUUAAUAAUGAUGAUUACAUAUGUAAAUCAGACCUUGAAAAGACACUUAACAAGCUUACCCGAAAUGAGCUGACCCCAGAGGAAGUGUGUCUGGUAUGUGAGAAGGUAAUUGACGAAGCGGAUGUUGAUAAUGAUGGAAAACUCUCACUGGAAGAUUUUCAGCACAUGAUCGUUAGGGCUCCAGAUUUUCUCAGCACUUUUCAUAUCCGGAUUUAA